AUGAACGAUACACAAGCACGCGUCAGCAGUUAUCAAGGCAUUCGAAGUAAAGUGGCAAAGUUUAAUUAUUUCGACGAGUGGGACGAAGAAACGAUAACGAAACUUUGCAACGUUUCCAGAAUAAAGACGUUCGCAUCCGACCAAGUGAUUCUCGGCGGAAAAUGUGACUUAAAGAGUUAUGUUUAUUUCGUUGUUGAAGGUAGUUGUAGACUUGUUGAGUGUCUGAAUUUGCCAAAACAAGUACAAAGUGGUGUACGCACGAGGACUUGUUUUGUAAAUGUAGGUAUAUAUAUUUUUAUUCAGAGUUUGUAUUGGUUUUAUAGAAAAUGGCUUCAGGUUUGUACUUUAAACCGUUUGUCAUGUUUCAACAUUGGCGAAAACUUGGAAAAUCGGCAAAUAGUCGCAAUCAGUGACACCGAGUGUCUUCUGAUUCCUUUCUACUGGUUGCUAGAACGCAACGAUGCCAACAUAUGGGUACGAAUCAAACAAUUUCUAACCUGGAAAAUGCCGAAAACAUCCGUCAUUAUCGAACAACUCUUAAAAGAAGAAAAAUGGAGCAGAAGGAAACAUAAGUUAAUAAAAGCUAAAGCGAAACGAAAGGUCGAUACGAUAGGAUUUCACCAAGUUCCGUACAGCUUGAAGGUACAAUAUUAG